AUGUCUGAUGUCACCACCAAACAUUUUGUUGACAACUUUGUACCACAUGUUAGGUGUAUUUUUGUUGAUUCGGACACAAAUAAUACUCCAAGCCAGGAAACCAAGAGUAGCAGACAACCAUGCAGUUGCCCAGCAAUUGCUUCUGUCCCACAUUCCAACAAGGACCAGGAUCUGUGCCCCCCUGCACUCCAGGUCACUGUGCCCCCCUGCACUCCGGGUCCCUGUGCCCCCCUGCACUCCGGGUCCCUGUGCCCCCUUGCACUCCGGGUCCCUGUGCCCCCCUGCACUCCGGGUCCCUGUGCCCCCCUGCACUCCGGGUCCCUGUGCCCCCUUCACUCCGGGUCCCUGUGCCCCCCUGCACUCCAGGCUCCUGUGACCCCCGGCACUCCGGAUCCCUGUGUUCCCCUGCACUCCGGGUUCUUGUGCCACCCUGCACUCCGGGUUCCUGUGUCCCCCUGCACUCUGGGUCCCUGUGCCCUGCACUCCAGGUCCCUGUGCCCCCCUGCACUCCGGGUCCCUGUGCCCCCCUGCACUCCGGGUCCCUGUGCCCCCCUGCACCCCGGGUCCCUGUUCCCCCUGCACCCCGGGCCCUUGUGUCCCCCUGCACUCCAGGUCCCUGUGCCCCCCUGCACUCCGGGUCCCUGUGCCCCCUGCACUCCGGGUCCCUGUGCCCCCUGCACUCCGGGUUCUUGUGCCACCCCUGCACUCCGGGCCCCUGUGCCCCCUGCACUCCGGGUUCUUGUGCCACCCUGCACUCCGGGUUCCUGUGUCCCCCUGCACUCUGGGUCCCUGUGCCCCCUGCACUCCAGGCUCCUGUGCCCCCCUCCACUCAAGAUCCCUGUGUCCCCCUGCACUCCGGGUUCUUGUGACCCCCCCUGCACUCCGGGUCCCUGUGCCUCCCUGCACUCUGGGUUCUUGUGCCCCCCCUUCACUCCGGAUUCCUGUGUCCCCCCGCACUCCGGGUUCUUGUGUCCCCCUGCACUCCGGGUUCUUGUGCCCCCGCCUGCACUCCUGGUCCCUGUGCCCCCCUGCACUCCGGGUCCUUGUACCCCCCCUGGACUCCAGGCCUCGGCCACCACCUAA